GUGACCACAGCGUAGAGGUGAAACUGGGUGGAGCCCAUGUUGAGGGGAGUCCCUUCCUGGUGAAGGCCUACGACGCUACCAAGGUCAAGGUCACCGAUAUCAACUCGGGCACAGUUGGCAAACCUGUCUACUUUGGAAUAAAUGCAUCACAAGCAGGAGCUGGCAACUUGGAGAUCAUAGUUUCAGUGAACGGAUGUAAUGUUCCCAAUUAUGUGCAAUCUGAAGGAAAUGCCAAGUUCAGGGUUAACUUUAAACCCAGGGAGGCUGCCCCUCAUAACCUUAGCGUCAGGUUUAAUGGAGAACCCAUACCAGGUUCACCGUUCACCUGCCGAGUUCUGGAACCUGGCCAGGUAGCCAUCAGUGGCUCAGGCAUAAAGAUGACAGCUGCCGGCAGACCUGCCUAUGUGUACGUGGAUUGCGCCGGGGUACUAUAGACGUGACAGCCACGUCACCAACACAGCGGAGACUGCCUGUCAAGGU